UGCGCCUGCGUCAAGUAUAUUGCGCCCUCCUGUGUUCCGGGUAGGCUCCAGGGCUUUUUGAGGUUUAUCUGCUUCGUCUGCCUGAGUCCUGCCCCCGGUGUGAUGAGAGGCGCCCUGGGAAGUUCCUGCUACCAGAGUAACCGGAAACGUCAAGACUUGCUCCGGGUUCCUUCUGCCAAAGGGUUUUUCCCAGACUUUCUCACUGGGCACUAGCUGCAGUCCCCUUCCCCGGUGCCAUCUCUUCCAGCAGUAGCUUGACUUGCUGUCUCUUGAAGCUGUUGACUGAGGACCCGCUGGAUGUCAAGCGUGUGCCCAGUUAUCUCCCAUUCGUGAAACUGCCGGCAAGGUAGGCGCCCAUUUUGCAAACGUGGAAAUACAUAGGUCCAGUUUCAGUGAUGAGGACGGACUCCUGCAGGCACUUAGAGGUCAGUCUGGUCCUCAGGUCCCCCAUGGCUGUGCUCAUCCUUAACAGCUGACAUGUCUGCAUCCGCCAAGUGCAAGCUUCCAACAAUAAAGUAGUAAUGUGAGCGUGUGAAAUAUCUGGACCAGCAAAGUUGAAGGAACCCAGACUGAAACUGAAACUGGUCAACUGAGGUCCCUUCAUGGCUGUUGCAUAUGGUUCAAAGGAAACUUCCUAUCUGCUCCCUCCCAACCCUGAGGACUGGGAAGAAUAUGGCAUUCCAGACUUCGUCUAUGGACAGAAGGAACUUGCAGUGGAGGGAAUCCAAUGGCCAAGGAAUGCACCCAGCACCCUGAGCAGCCUGCCGCUGUCCCGCUUCGAUUCUGCCCUUUGCUCUGCAUGGAGGCAGCGGGUAGAGCUGGGACUAUUUCGUUAUCGCCUGGAAGAUCUGCAGACUCAAACCCUCCCUGGUUCUGUGGGGUUUGUAGCUCAGCUGAAUGUAGAACGAGGAGUACAGAGGAGGCGCCCCCAGAAUAUCAAGAGUGUGAGGCAGGAGUUUGACCCUGAACAGUUUAACUUUAAUAAAAUCCGUCCUGGAGAGGUCCUUUUUCGUCUGCAACGGGAGUCUGAUGGCCUAGCUGCCCCAGAACAAGAGGACAUCCUCCUGGUGAUCAAUGUCAGUCCCCUGGAGUGGGGCCAUGUGCUGCUGGUGCCUGAGCCUGCUCUAGGGCUUCCCCAACGCCUACUGCCUGGAGUGCUGCGGGCCGGGCUGGAGGCAGUGCUACUGAGCUUGCACCCUGGCUUCCGGGUGGGCUUCAACAGCCUGGGGGGCUUGGCCUCUGUGAACCACCUCCAUCUGCACGGCUAUUACCUGGCCCACAGACUGCCUGUGGAGGGUGCACCAAGCACACCUCUGGACCUGAAGGGCUAUGUGCAUCUGCUGCAGGCCCUCCCAGCUCCCGGCUUCCUCUUCUACUCUAGCGGGCCAGGGCCUGACUUGGAAGCCUUGAUCAACAGGGUAUGCCGAGCCACAGACUAUCUGAGUGACCAUGAAAUUGCACAUAACUUGUUUGUGACUCGGGGAGCUCCACCAGGACAGGCAUCAUCUUCCUCCGACCUCACUGGUAUCCGAGUAAUUCUGUGGGCCCGGAAGUCCAGCUUUGGAAUAAAGGAAGGGGGUGCUUUCAAUGUUGCACUCUGUGAACUGGCUGGCCACCUCCCUGUCAAAACAUCCCAGGAUUUUAGUAGCUUAACUGAGGCAGCUGCAGUGGCCCUCAUUCAGGACUGUCUGCUGCCCCAAACUCAGGCAGAUGAGGUACAGGCAGCUCUUGUGGCCCUGAUGGCCCAGGAAGAGCUGUGAGCUUUCUGGAGAUUUUUCUUUGAUAACUGAUGUGAGGCCUGAGGGCUGUGCUACAUGGGCAUUUGGGCAUUUCUUUCAAUGACUGCCUUCCCUCCUCUUAGCCCAAGAGAAAGUAUAAAGAAAACUGGUAUGCUUGGGUCUGUGGCCCAAGGAAAAACCUUGGAAUAAAUCCAGUGAAUGUAUUCUAAUUCUGUUCCUUCUCACCUUUCUUCUUUUUACUUUUAUUUAUCUAUUUGUCAGUGUGUUGGUAUGUGAGCAUGCACAUGCUAUGACACACAUGUGGAGGUCAGAACACAACUUGUGGGAGUUGAUUGUCCCCUUCCACCGUGUGGAUCCUGGGGCUCAAACUCAGGUUGUCAGGCUUGGCAGCAAGAACCUUUACUGUUGAGCCAUCUCACCAUCUCACCAGACCCUCUGAUCUUUCUUAAACAAGCUCCAGGGGGUAUCAAACAUAGCAGACUCCAUCUAUUGGGAAAAAAAAUGGUGGGUGAAGAAAAAAAAGCAAAGGUGACACAGCAGAAGUGCCAGCUCCAUGCUGGGUGCAUUUAUAAGCCAUCCAAGUAAAGAUCAAUGCUUCAUAACAAAGGCAAAGUCCAUGUAUCAAGUCAGGAGUGUGAAACUCUUACACUGCCUUUAAAAAAAAA